AUGGACGUGGACGUGGACGUGGACGUGGACAUGGAGGUGGACGUGGACGUGGACGUGGACAUGGAUGUGGACAUGGACGUGGACGUGGACGUGGACAUGGACGUGGACAUGGACGUGGACGUGGACGUGGAGGUGGACGUGGACGUGGAGUGGACGUGGAGUGGACGUGGACGUGGACAUGGACGUGGACGUGGACGUGAACGUGGACGUGGACAUGGACGUGGAGGACUUGGACGUGGACAUGGACGUGAACUUAGACGUGGACAUGGACGUGGACGUGGACAUGGACGUGAACGUGGACGUGACGUGGACGUGGACGUGGACGUGGACAUGGACGUGGACGUGGACGUGGACGUGGACAUGGAGGUGGACGUGGACGUGGACGUGGACAUGGACGUGGACAUGGACGUGGACGUGGAUGUGGACAUGGACGUGGACAUGGACGUGGAGGUGGACGUGGAGGUGGACGUGGACGACUUGGACGUGGACAUGGACGUGAACUUGGACGUGGACGUGGACGUGGAGGACUUGGACGUGGACAUGGACGUGGACGUGGACGUGGACAUGGACGUGGACGUGGACGUGGACGUGGACGUGGACGUGGACAUGGACGUGGACGUGGACGUGGACAUGGACCUGGACAUGGACGUGGACGUGGACGUGGACAUGGACGUGGACGUGGACAUGGUCGUGGACGUGGACGUGGACGUGGACGUGGACGUGGACAUGGACGUGGACGUGAACAAGACGUGGACGUGA